AUGUUAUUUGUAGAGCACGCCAGGAGAGUAGCGGAUGGUGCUAAAGCGGCAGCGGUGGCUCUUGGGAGGCUGAUGCCCAACGUCGGUGGCCCAUCGCAAUCGAAGCGUCAGCUAUUGAUGAGUGUGGUCCACAGCAGAUUGAUGUACGGCGCCCAGACCUGGGCGGAAUCUAUUGGGGAGGUCGAGAAACCGAAUAACCUACUGCUACAGGCGCAGAGAUGUGCAGCAAUCAAGGUAGCCAGGUGCUACCGUACUGUAUCUGACAUGGUCGCAAUACUUCUGGCGCGAAUGCCUCCAGCCCCCCUAUUGGCCAUCGAGAGAGCUAGGAGUGCCGAGCUGAGGAAAUCGAGCACACCACACACUAAGGCCAAGUUGAUGAGGGAACUGAUUCGCCAGUAG